CGUUCUAAGGAUCUUUGUCCGCUUCUAAAAGCAAAUCUGUAAACCGUACUUGACACCAAAAAAAAACGAAUUUUCCCAAAACUUAAAAAUAAAUAAAAAGAAUCAAUCUUCUUCUUCUUCAUCAUCGUAUAUCACGACCUCUGCCUCUUGGUCUCUCUCAAAAGUCAUAUUUAAUCUCUGUCUCAAUCUCUUGUAGCUUUCAGAUCUUUUCUUCUGUGCUGAUCCCUCAACAUAAAUUUAAUUGAAGGUUCUUUUUUUUUUUUUGUGUUGCUUUUUAAAUAAGGUAACCAUUAUAAAGAAAAUUGAGAUAUUCUCUGUGUUGCUUCUUCUUCUUUACCCUCUUCUUGUUUCUAAUCAAAAUCCUCUAAAGUUUUCUCCUUUUGGUUUUGUUUCUAAAUUUUGGAGUAAUCUUUGUUUGUGGGGUGCUUUUUUAGUAAAAAAAUGAAUCGGAGGCAGCAAGUAAAGCGUAGAGUAGGUAAAUAUGAAGUUCCUGAAAAUUUACUAUUGGAUGCCUAUGGAAACCUCAAGAUCUCAGAUUUUGGAUUAAGUGCUUUGUCUCAACAAGUCAGGGAUGAUGGUCUCCUUCAUACAUCUUGUGGAACUCCGAACUACGUUGCUCCUGAGGUUCUCAAUGAUAGAGGCUACGAUGGAGCAACGGCUGACAUGUGGUCAUGCGGUGUUAUACUCUAUGUUCUGCUUGCAGGUUACUUGCCUUUUGAUGAUUCUAAUCUAAUGAAUCUUUAUAAAAAAAUUUCAUCUGGUGAAUUCAACUGUCCUCCGUGGCUCUCACUUGGCGCCAUGAAACUGAUCACUCGAAUCUUGGAUCCGAACCCAAUGACUCGUGUAACACCACAAGAGGUAUUUGAAGAUGAAUGGUUCAAGAAAGAUUACAAGCCUCCAGUGUUCGAGGAUAAGGAUGAUUCAAACAUGGACGAUAUUGAUGCUGUUUUCAAGGACUCCGAGGAACAUCAUGUUACUGAGAAGAAAGAAGAGCAACCAGCAGCAAUCAAUGCAUUUGAGAUCAUCUCAAUGUCAAGGGGGCUUAACCUAGAGAAUCUGUUUGAUCCAGAACAGGAGUUUAAGAGGGAAACAAGGAUAACACUGAGAGGAGGCGCGAAUGAGAUCAUUGAGAAGAUAGAAGAAGCUGCAAAGCCUCUCGGUUUUGAUGUGCAAAAGAAGAACUACAAGAUGAGGCUUGAGAAUGUCAAGGCUGGGAGAAAAGGAAAUCUCAAUGUGGCGACAGAGAUAUUCCAAGUAGCGCCAAGUCUUCAUAUGGUUCAAGUAUCGAAAUCGAAAGGAGACACCCUCGAAUUCCACAAGUUCUAUAAGAAGCUCUCUAGUUCUCUGGAGCAAGUAGUCUGGACGAACAACGAAGCUAAGAAAGAAACAAGAAAGUGAUGUAUGAAUUGUUUUUAUCUUCUGGGACAAAACCUUGCUUUGUUUGUUUAUGAGCUUUUUGCUUUUCCGGCUACUGUUUGGAUGAUGACAAGGGGAGUGGGAUUUAAUUAGUUUGUGUUAGAAAAAUGUAAAUACAAAACCGCAUUGAUCUCUUAUUCUCUUAACGUUUUCUUAGCUACC